AUGUCUACUCCUACGCUUUCGCUUACGUCAACUCUUAUUCUCGCCCUGACGCAGAGCGAAGCACUCCAACGACAACUCGAGGGCAGUAACAGGACUGUUGAUCGUCUCAAACGCGAAAAUGAGAGGCUCAAGCACGAGAUCGAGGAGUUGCGUCAGGCACAUCAUCAGAAGCAACAGGAAGGGCCAGAGCUUGCAGCCCAAUUGGACCAGCUGUUCCGGAAAGAUGCAGAGAAGCAAGCAGAAAUUGACAGCUUGAAGAAUCAGCUCCGCAAGGAAAGAAGGCGCUCACAGAAUCCAUGUCUCUCCUCUCCCAUCGUGUCCUCGGAUGAGCAAACCACCAGGAAUGCCAGUCGGAAGCGACAGAGAGUCAACAGUAUAGAGAAAGUGGAGCCGCUGCAAGAAAUCGAAGCCAAUGUGCCCUCAGCAAGUCGCACUGUUCGAACGUCCAAAUCUAGAGGAUUGAACGAACGAGGAGCGGAAGCUAUCUCAUCUCUUACGGAAGAUGGCAUUGAUCACAAUCGAGAUGAUACCCAAAAUCCGAGUGAGAAACGUCGUCAACCAAAUAAUUCUCCCCGCCAGCGCUUGCAGACACUCCUGACAGCACCCACACCAGCUGCUGUUGUGCCUCCGCGUCCCAAUUCGGCCAGGAAAGGCCCCAUUACAGAUAAAGCAUCAGAGAAGAGUGAGCCACUCCGUUCGCGGCCCCUCCUUCAACUUGAUCUUUCGCACUUCAAAGUCAAUCCAAAAUACACCGGAGGUCUUGAUUAUGCAUUCCAGGAUGUUGUUCGUAACAAGGAAGCGAGGAAAUGUCUGCCAAGUUGUAUGCGGCCGGAAUGUUGUGGUGCAAAGUUCAGAGUUCUGGCAGAGACACUACCCCGGGAUCCUAACGUCUCUGAUGACGAGCUUUUGCGCGAAUUUCUUGGGCCCGGAUCAACGGACAAGAUACGCUCAUUGACGCCUCUCGCGAGAGCGAAUCUAGUGCAUGAGGCUCGAGCAAGCGCACUGGCCAAGGAGUAUGGAAGGAUGCACAGGGCAAAUUAUGCGCUACCAUCUACUCCCCCAGGGUUCUGGGAUGUUGAUAUUCCAUCCACACAGCAGCAAAACGAGAAUCAGGAGCAAGCACGCCAGAGACAGAGGGAGGAGAUCGAGAGGCGGUAUCAAGAGGCGAUGAAUGGCGGACGCUGGAUCUUCGCAGAUGAGUGA